AUGGCUGGAGGAUUGAAAGUAAUAGAUGACUCGAUGAUUAAGAUCCGAGAAACUAUGGAAUAUCUUAAAGGAUCAAAGAGUAGAAUGUGCAGAUUUGAUGAAUGUACUAAGAUAGUUGAUAUAAAGAGAACAAAGGGUUUAUGUUUAGAUGUGUGUACAAGAUGGAAUGCAACAUAUGACAUGAUUGACAGUACUACGAGAUUUCAUUCUGUGUCGAACCAUUUAGCAGAGGAAGAUGCUAAUUUCAAGCAUUGUCCAUCAAGGGAUGAAUGGAAUAGAGUUGAAAGGAUAACUCGGUUUUUAAAACCUUUCAAUGACAUCACAACUCUAUUUUCUAGAACUGAUUACCCUAUAACAAAUCUAUAUUUUCAAGAAGUGUCUCAAAUUGAAUUGCUCUUACUUGAAGAAAUGGAGAGCCAAGAUUCAUUUAUCAGUAAUAUGGCAGAACAUAUGAAAUGUAAAUUUGACAAAUAUUGGGAUUGUUAUAUUGUGGUGCUAGUUUGUGCCAUUGUUCUUGAUCCAAGGUAUAAGUUGGAUUAUGUGGACUUUACUUUCAAGAAAAUAGAACCAAUUGAACACAUUACUGAAAUGAAGGUGGAGAGCGUUCAAACUAUAUUGUAUAAGUUUUUUUCAGAAUAUGAAUGCCCCAAGCCUGUGGCCACUACAAAUGUUCCAUCUUGUGUUGGGAGUUCUAGUCAUACUAGCGGUGCUGUGGAUGAUCCCGAUGAUGAUGAAGAUAUGGAAGAUGAUGAAUUUGAGCAUUAUGAAAGUGGACGUGGUGCCAAAACAAAAAAAUCUCAGUUGGACUUGUAUUUAGAAGAACCUAGACUUAAUAAAGAUGCUGACGAAAUUGGCCAACUUGAGCUACGAUUUGCAAGUAUGAAUAUUUGUAGUGCUGAAUCUGCUACUAGCGUAGAGUAG